ACUCCUCAGAGCAGCUCGGCUCUGCCAGGAAGCUGGAAUCUCACUGUAGCUCUUGGAACUGCAUUCUAAGCUUGACCAUCGCUCAAGGAAGCCGGCUGGAAUAAAAGCUCCCUGGACUGAGAAAGAGCGCAGCAGCUGAGCUCGCCCCGCCACCGGCUCACUAGACUCCUACCUGCAGCUCUUCAACCCACUCCUUCCCCAUCUCCUCCUCCGCUCUAAACCAGUUCUCACUUCAUUCUUUCCUUCUCUCUCUGCUCCCCCUUUUUCGGGCCCUCCCCGAAUCUUCCUCUGUAGCUAAGAACCAACCUUUCCUGCUCCUCAGAUUUCCUCUCCCCAACCUUCUCCUUUCUCCUUCUCUCUCCCUUUAUCUUGCCAGCUUCUCUCCUUGCUCCCGGGUUCCCUGUUGGUCUCUCAAUCUUUCACUCUACCACCUACCCUUCUUUUCUCCUCCCUUCCCCCUGCCUCAGCCCUCAGUGUUUGCUUUUCUCCCGGAUGCGGAUGAAAGGGUUGGCUUGCCCGUGCCCUGCCCUACCCAAGUUCUUGGAACUGGGGACCAGCUUAAUGGCUGAGGGUUCCCGAGCUCAGGCGUCAGGUCAAGGGCCUCCUAUAAACAUCCAAUUUCUUCGUGCCCAGUAUGAAGGGCUGAAGAGACAGCAGAGGACCCAGGCUCACCUAAUGGUGUUCCCUAAAGAAGGGAUCAUGCCUGCUCCAGCAGAAUUGAUGACCAGUACUGUUUGGAUUAACAAGGAGAGAAGGAGCUCACUGUCACCAGAGGAGACCGACUCUGAGGCUGAGGGGAUGCUGGAGGAAGCGGACAGAAGCUGCCGUCAGGCUCCAUGGCACACAUACCUUGAGCUGCAUCGCUUGGUUCAAACCUUCCAUCUGGAAGCCGGUCACCAAGGCAACCCCAAGGGAUACCUUGUGGAGCCGGAACCAAGGUUGUCUCCGGAGGGAGACACUGAUGUUCUGAAAAGCAGUCAGAAGACACAUCAGGAAAUCAAAAUCUCAGAGGUAGCUCAGCGGCAAGGUCAGGGGGACCGUGCCCCACUACAGGUAGCAGGCUCCAGUGCGCAGGGCCUUGCUUCCACAAAGAACCUACACAGGUCUGGAAAACCAGCUCACUAUCCAUUUCCCCAGAGGAAACCUCCCAGGAUCUCCCAAGCUGCCCGGAACCUGGGCUUAUACGGCCCACCUUGAAGCUUUCCACUCAGCCAGACAUCUCAUCCAUGUGGCCACCUGUUGACUCAUCAUGGAACCACACAAAGCCACAACCAGAGCCUGGAACAACGAGCAACAGUUGGAGCACCUCGAUUUUGGAAUCAUGGGAAAUGAGUUUCUUAAUGGUUUUUUUUUGUUGUUUGUUUGUUUUGUUUUGUUUUUGUUUUUUGUUUUUCCCUUCUAAACUCAAGAGAUUACCCAAGUCAGGAUGAAAAUGCUCUCUUAACCACCAACCCAAUUUUAAUCUAGUAACCCUAGAUGCUCCUCUGUGGCUAGGACCAGUACAACACUUGGUCCCAGAAGCAAAGCAGGACCUUUAGCCAGUGGGUUAUCUUGACUGGGAGUCAAUGAUUAGAGGAGCUCUCCUCCCCCUCCCCCAAUACUUUCUGGUUUUUUGUAUAUGCUGGGAGGGUCUCCGAGAAUUUAGCACCUUCCUUUCUAGUUCCUCUGUCCGGGGGACUUAAGAGACAAUUCAAUAGUAGUGGUCCUCCCAUCUGCAACUCCCAGACAGUGGUCAGCCUGGGUAAAAAGGGCGUGACAGUCCCUCCUACCUUCCUGUGGGCUCAAGGAGUCCUUGGGAAUGGAUGGCUUCUUUCUUUCACCAGUCACUGAGAUGGUACAUCCCAGCGUCAUUACAGAUCUACUUCCGGUCAGCCUUUCCUUCUCUGGUUUUUUUUUUUUUUUCUUUCCACUCUUUGUACCCGUGUGUUCCGUUCUGUUGAUUAACUUCUUCUUAAAAUCCAUUAGCCAGGAGUGGUGGCAAAUAUGUUGAAUCCCAGCCACUGGUAGCUGAGGGAAAGACAACUGGGAGUUCACACCUGGCUUACGUGAGACCCUGUCUCCAGCCAAACAGCGAACAAACCCAAAUAGCGGCCAGUGUUGAAAACACAUGGUAAUCGCGGCCUGAGGGAGGAGCCUCAUGCUCGGGAGAUAGGUAUUUCCACAAACUACUUCCUUUGCAGCCUGGUGGCUCACUCAGCUCCCUCCUGAAAGGCCUAGCAUCUGGAGUCCAAGAUAAAACCACAGACGGAUAGACAGGCAGGAGCAGGUGAGGCUCUUGAAGGGGUCACAAGCACAGGAACCAGGGCUGGUGCCCCUAUCUUGUGGAUCUCAGAGGAAGCGGCAGGUCACGUGGUCAGUCUCUCUCUGAUUCGUGGCUGGCAUGGGGAGGGGAGGGCAUUCUGGAGUAGGAAUGUGGGACUCUGAAGAUUUGAGGAGGAAGGGACACAUCUAGUUGAGGUGUAUCUAUGAUGGGCAGAUGUGUCACCACAGGUAGCCUCUGGUGUCCCCAAAACUGGCAACCUACUCCAAGAACUUCCUUAGGAAAUGAGAAUGGCGCCUGUGAUUCACCUGGAAUCUAGGCACUUGGGGAGUUCGGUUACAGCCUCAUGGCCCCCUUCCACAGUGUGGAGGUGGGGCACCUGUCUCUCCCUGUGGCAGCGGGGAUUCCUGAAUCAACUGUGGAGAUAAAGAGGCUGAGGAUGGCCCUAACUUGGGCAGUGUCCGUCUGGUAUGUGAAUUCAUAGUUCUUUCCUGGAGUCUCAAACAGAUUUAUGAUCCAACUCAACCUGAAAGGGGUUCGCCAGUGGCUGUGGAAAGGAAAGUCUUCUGUGAACCCCAACCCAGAGUCCAACACCCCCACCCCCCGCCAGGAUCAAAAAUAUGCAUUUUUAAACAAAGUGGAGUCUCCGUUCUUGAAUGUGUGUGUUGGGGGAGGGGACCAUUCUUUCCUGUUUACCUUUGGCACCGCAGGCACCUUUCCCUCGAAUCAGAUUCUGUAUCUCCAAGCUCCGAGGCCUCUGGAGAUCAGCUUAGCUUUAGGAAGUCACUUCCGUUCCUUUGCUGAACAGUGAAUUAGAUACUAUUUUUAAAUAGUCUAAUAAAAUUCAAGAACACUUUCUGAAAAAAAAA